AGAAAGCAAAGCAAAGCAAGGGUUUAAGAAUGGAGAGGAGAAGCAGAGACGAAAAGAUGGGCGGAGGAGGAGGAGGACCUGGUCCCCGAGGUGGCCCACCCGGUCGACCUCUCCCUCCCCCUCCUCCCCUUCCUCAGUCCCGCGGCCCACCUCCCCCGCCGCCCCGCCGCUUCGAACCAGUCGACCGUGAAAAGACUUGCCCUUUGUUGCUUCGGGUCUUCACUAAGAUUGGAGGUCAUCACAAUCAGGAGGACUUUGCAGUGAGAGGCAAAGAACCCAAAGAUGAGGUUCAGAUUUAUACAUGGAAAGAUGCCACACUACGCGAACUAACUGAUCUUGUCAAGGAGAUUGCCCCAGCGGCUAGGAGAAGAAAUGCAAAACUGUCAUUUGCUUUUGUAUACCCUGACAAGGGUGGUCGUUUUGUCUUGAAACAGGCGGGGAUAACACAUGCUUAUGGAAACAUGGGGAGACGUCUAGAUGACAGCAAGUCCUUGAAUGAGCUCAAGUUCCAGAUUGGAGAUUAUUUGGAUGUGGCAGUCCUAUAGAGGAAGAUGGUUUUCACUGCAUUAGUUCUGAUUGGUUCAGUCGCAACAUCUCAGAUAGAUCGAGUCAGAAGUAGCCCGUCAUGUUUUGGCCCAUUUGAGUUGAUGCUGAUUUUCAUGGGCAUGUAUCAAUAACUAAAAUUACUCGAUUUGCUCCUUACUCAACUGCCAUUUGAACCUGGUCUGUAUGUAAUGUAGGAAUGAUGUUAAACACUCCAGAAGACGUGCUCCGAUCUUAAUGUUUCUUUUUACCAGAUGAAAGAGCAUUUUAUUA